AAAACCGGAAGACGUGUAAAGGGAGGGAAGAAGACGGAAACAGUUACAUUUUUCACAGAUCCCGAGCACUGAACAGAUUUGCAAAUUGGAAGUCAGCAAAACAAUGACGUCAAUGUGUCAAUGAUGGAGAAGUCCUUUUCACGUGGAAGGCAGGAUGUUGUCGUAGAGGCACCCAUCAUUCCUGAUUUCAAAGCAAGGUGGCCAGCACUCCUCAGCGUGGGUCAGUUGAAUGCAGAGUUCCAGAGAAUCACAACAGUCCAGAUGCACUCAAAGUUCUUCAUGGAAUUGGAUGAUCUGUCUCCUCGUCUCUUGAAGGUGUAUGCCAAGAAAGGUGGUUUACAGGGACAGAAGCUGGUACCCAUGACCCAGAGUGAUGACACAGAUGUAAGACCUGAAUGCAUCCUCAAGCGGCUUUGUGUUGACAUGAACCAAGAUCCAGAGAGGCUGGUGAGAGAACACAAGAGUGAUGAAAACACAGAAGAGGCUCUGGCAGAUACAGUCUUGGGGAUCUUUGCCAUCCGACACACUGGUGCAGACCCAAGUGAUGACCUUGAGAAUGUUGGGAUUAUUUUGGAAGGAGUGAAAGUCAUAAAUGACUUAAAAUAUGUAAGUCUUGCAGUAUUACUGCUGUUUUUUAUUGUGUAUGCCCUAAACCUGAGCUACCCAUCAGAUUUGAAAUAUACUUUUGAGGUUCUGCAGAAGAUUAUAAUGGGUUUGGAUGGCGACAAGUUAUCCAACAAAGUACAAGUACUCAAACCAGCACCAUCCUGUUAAAUGGCAGAAGGAAUUGUUCAGUAUUGGCACCUUAAAUAUGAUGGGCAGAUGUUAAAAAGUGUUUUUCAAAUAUUUAUUCUUUGUCAUACUGAGUUUUAUUAACACAGCAUAAGCUAUAUAAUGUUGAAACUAUAUUUUUUCCACAUUUUCCUUACAGCCAUAUAAGUGUUUUGAAAUGUAAGAAAAUGAUUUGAUUUUGAUUAUUAUUUAAAUGCUCCCUCAGUCUUUUUGACUUUUGUUGUUGUGGCCUUUGCAUUCAACUGUGGCACUGUUUUGGAAAAAUAAAUGUUUUAAAGCUCA